GUUUUAGAUUAGCUGAAGCAUCUUCGAUAAAUUGGCUGUCUUCGGCUGUCAGUUUAUUAGCAGCUUAGUUGUCAAGAUGGGUGGCUGUUGGUCAUGUGUGGCCUGCAGGUCUCACCCAGAGGCAGAACCAAAGGAUGAAGAUGAAGAGGGGGCACUGACAGGUCAUCCCAGAAACCCAACCCAUGUUGCACCAUUUUCUGGGGGACUCCCCAAUGUUUUGGGGGACACUCUGGGGAAAGAGCUCAUUGAGGAACCCUCCAUGCCAGAACCCCUUCCAGCAACUCACAUCACCAAUGACAUCCUGGGGAAAGAGCUCAUUGAGGAACCCUCCAUGCCAGAACCCCUUCCAGCAACUCACAUCACCAAUGACAUCCUGGGGAAAGAGCUCAUUGAGGAACCCUCCAUGCCAGAACCCUUUCCAGCACCUCGCAUGACCAAUGACAUCCUGGGGAAAGAGCUCACUGAGGGACCCUCCGUGACAGAACCCCUUCCAGCACCUCGCAUGACCAACGACAUCCUGGGGAAAGAGCUCACUGAGGAACCCUCCGUGCCAGAACCUCUUCCAGCACCUCGCAUGACCAAUGACAUCCUGGGGGAAGAGCUCAUUGAGGAUACCUCAGUGCCAGAACCACUUCCAGCAACUCACAUCACCAAUGACAUCCUGGUGGAAGCGCUUAUUGAGUAACCCUCCAUGCCAGAACCACUUCCAGCACCUCGCAUCACCAACAAGAUCCUGGGGGAAGCGCUCAUUGAGGAAUGCUCCGUGCCAGAACCCCUUCCAGCACCUCACAUCACCAACAACAUCUUGGGGGAAGCGCUCAUUGAGGAACCCUCCGUGCCAGAACCCCUUCCAGCACCUCGCAUCACCAACAACAUCCUGGGCAAAUUGCUCAUUGAGGAAACCUCGAUGCCAGAACCCCUUCCAACACCUUGCAUCACCAGUGACCUACUGGGGAAAGUGCUCAUUGAUGAUACCUCAGUGCCAGGUCCUUCCAUCCUCACAGACACUCCAAAGGAAGCAGCCUCUGUGUCAGAGCCCUUACUAGAGCCUUCCAUUGCUAAUAAUUAUCUUCAGCAAGAAGUAGAACUCCUCAAAGGGUUACAGCAUGACUAUGUCCAGCAGCAACUGAGGGUUCGCCGCAUUUCCCAACAGUUCCCUCGUUCUCUCUGGGCCAUCAACCUGCAAAUCGGACACACGCGGACAAGGCUCAUCCGCAGUGAAGUUCGGCUGCAGCGGUGGGAAAGGGAAGGUAUGUUCACAGCAUGCCCCUGAAAUUGCUGCUGGGCUAAGAACAGCACUUUUGUUUAUUUCACGUUGAAAUGCUUGAUUUGAGUCUGCAUCUAAGGUUUCAGGGGGGAGGCCUGUGAGUGGGUUGUCAGUGCUUGCUGAAGUGUUCCUUGGUUUUCUGUCUUUCAUGUGUCCAAGCUCCUGUGCCUGUAAUCCAAGCAGCUUCUCAGAGUGAGCAGUGAGGGCAAGUGAUGGUGGGUGUGGUAGGAUGUCAGCCUUUGCAGCUGACCUCCUGCUUCUUCUUCUCUCUUGCAGCUGUUCCUGCAGGCCCUGGUUCAGUUCUCCAGCCCUCUGGGUCUGAUUCAUCAUUGUCCUCUGCCUCCCUUGAGGUUGCCUCCAUCCCAUCCUCCACCUCCACCUCUUCCCUCCUCCUGCAUCCCUCUCCACCUCCUCCUCCUUCCCCACCUCCUCUGGAGCCGGACCUCAGCAAUGUGAAAGAAACUCUGCAGAGUUUGGUAGAGAUGCAGGUCCAUCAGCUGCGUGACCGUAAGUCUCACAGAGGCAGCACUCCAUAACCUCUACCUUUUCCAUCCUCAUUGUGAUUUUACAGCUGCCAGGAAUGCUUACAAAGCUUCAAGGCACUGAGGGGACAAUUGAGGCGGCUAAGAAGCAGACUGGCCAGGGUGGAAGCCACUAUGGGGAUCGUUGUUCCUCCAAGGGAGCUGGACGUUGCUGAGGAAGAAGGGGAAGGCAAAUUAAAAGAGACAACUGGGCUACUAUUUAAUAAAAUGCUUUGUAUAUAUUUUUUAAAAAUUAAAUAUUUGUUUUAAUAGGAUGUAGAGAUAGAACAGCAAUAAAACUAGCAUAUUUAUUGUUUUAAAAAUAAAAUGUUUUAUUUUAA